AUGGAUUCCUCUAGAGGCAUCCGCUUCCUCGUCCACCGCCGCGUGCUGCUGCUGCUGCUGCUCGUCGCGUCGUCCCUCGUCGGCACGUCGCGUGGCAGGGAGGCCCAGCCGUUGCCUGUGGCGGCGGCGGCGGCCACGGUCCUCGGCAGCAGGCGGGCGCCGGAGCGGCACGGGCUAGCGCUGGACUUCUACGCCAAGACGUGCCCCGCGGUCGACCAGAUCGUCGCCAACGUCACCGCCGCCCGGUACAGGGACUUCCCCGCCGCCGGACCCGCCGUGCUCCGCCUCUUCCACCACGACUGCUUCGUCGAAGGCUGUGACGCGUCCAUUUUGAUCGCGCCGACGUCGUCCGAUGCGGCAGGCGCGGGCGUGCGCCCGCCACCCAGGGUGGAGCGCGACAUGGAGGAGAACAGGAACCUGCCGCAGGAGGCGUUCGACACGGUGGAGCUUGCCAAGGCCGCCGUGGAGAGCAAGUGCCCCGGUAUGGUCUCCUGCGCCGACGUCCUCGCCCUCGCCGCCCGAGACUACGUCCAGCUGGCAGGUGGGCCGUAUUACGCGGUGAAGAAGGGCCGUAAGGACAGCAAGGUGUCCCUGGCGGGGAAGGUCCGCGGCAGCCUCCCGCGGGCGAACUCGACGGUGGACGAGCUCCUCCGCGUGUUCGCGGGCAAGGGCCUUGGCGCGGCGGACCUGGUGGCGCUGUCCGGCGCGCACACCGUCGGGUUCGCGCACUGCGUCCACGUGCUGGGCCGCAUCUACGACUUCCGGGGCACGCGGCGGCCGGACCCGCUGAUGGACGCCCGCCUCGUGAAGGCGCUCCGGAUGUCGUGCCCGUCGUCGGGCGGCAGCGCCCGCGUCGUGGUGCCCUUCGACGUGAGCACGCCGUUCCAGUUCGACCACGCCUACUACGGCAACCUGCAGGCCAGGCUGGGCCUGCUGGGCUCCGACCAGGCGCUGUUCCUGGACGCGCGGACCAGGCCGCUCGUGCAGGACCUCGCCGACAAGACCCGCUUCUUCCAGGCGUUCGUGGCCAGCAUGGACCGGAUGGGCUCCAUCCGGAUCAAGAAGGGAAGGAAAGGGGAGGUCAGGAAAAUCUGUAGCCAGCACCUGUUUUCAGCCUGA